AUUUCGGGUGCCCUCCAUCCUUCUCUUCCUUUUGUUUCAAAACCCAAUUUAUUCUUGGCGGCUACCGUUCUUCUCUCUCGAAGCCUCAUACCCCAAACUGCGAGAGUCCCAGGCUAUUUUUCUCUCUCUUCUCGCCGGAUCUCUGUUUUCAGGGUUUUAGCUCACAAACUAGGGUUUUUCCAGCCAAAAGGUUAUUGUGCAUAUCUUGAAGAGGUUCCAGAUCUCUUGAGCUUACCUAACUUCCAUUAUUAAUAUGGCAACAAUGGGAACUCAAUCAAGUGAAGCAGCAGAUUUGUUGGAGAAGCUAAGUCUGGAUUCUCAGACAAAAUCUCUUGAAGUGCCUCAAACAAAGUUUGGCUCGCUUGAUUCACGCACUGGGAUAAGUAGUAUGGCUAAACCAUAUGAGCGUUCUACGAUGCCUGUUCAGGAUUUAACCAACCUGAACAUGUACUAUUCGACUAAUGGAUACACUUCUUACUAUCCUGGAGGUUUUGAGGAUCCAUUUAACUUAUGGAAUGAGUAUAGAUACCUGAAUUAUGAUGGAGCUGAUCUGCACUCGGGACUGCAACAGCGGCGGCCAAGUUCUGAGAUCGGUCAAAGUGGUGGUUAUAUGGGCAGGUCACACCUCAAUGAUCAAUUGUAUGGUCAUUUAGGAAACAAUUACCGCAGUGGGUCAGCAUAUGGGUUGAACUAUUACAAUCCCAAAUCAACUUGGAACGCUUGGCAAACAAUUGACAAUAAGCAUUCAUCUAAAGGGCUUAACAAUGGGUUCUUCAGCUAUGGGAAUGAAAACAAGGAUAGUCUGAAUGAGCUAAGCAAGGGACCUAGAGGAAAGGAUGUGAAAAACCAGCUAGGUUUUGGAUAUGUUAAAUUGGCUGUGAAAGGGCAGGAUCUGACUCAGAAAGCAAAUAGCAAAGAAGAGACACUUUCCAUGAUGCCUGACAAGCAGCAAUAUAACAAAGAAGAUUUUCCUGAGAUAUACUCGGAUGCUAAGUUCUUUGUUAUUAAAUCGUAUAGUGAGGAUGACGUCCAUAAGAGUAUCAAGUAUAAUGUAUGGGCAAGUACCCCCACUGGGAAUCAAAAGCUAGAUGCAGCAUAUCAGGAAGCAAUAGGGAAAACUGAUUCCUGCCCUGUGUUUUUGUUGUUUUCGGUAAAUGCUAGUGGUCAAUUUGUUGGGCUUGCAGAAAUGGUUGGUCCUGUUGAUUUCAACAAAAACAUGGACUUUUGGCAACAAGACAAGUGGACUGGAUGCUUUCCAGUCAAGUGGCACAUAGUCAAGGAUGUCCCCAAUAGUGUGUUGAAGCACAUUACACUUGAGAACAAUGACAACAAGCCUGUUACAAAUAGUAGAGACACGCAAGAGGUUAAACUCGAGCAGGCUGUUCAAGUGGUGAAAAUUUUCAAAUCCCAUCUAAACAAGACUAGUAUCUUAGACGACUUUGAAUUUUACGAGACACGGCAAAAAGCUUUGCAGGAGAAGAAGGCUAAAAGACUACAAUACCAGAAGCAGGUAUAUAAUGAGAACUCUGGACAUCUGGACUCUGCUACAGCCUUCACUGAUGCAUCGGCAGCUGCACCUAACAGCCAGUCAAACACCCUACAAGAAUCUGUUCCCGAUAUCAGCAAAGGAGAAAAAAAUGGAGCUACUAAUGAAGUUUAAUAUGGUUGAAUGUGAUGAAUAUAUCACAUGAUGGCUGGCAAAUUCACAAGUUUUUGAUUGCAGAGUGAGAGUCCAGCAUAGUUUUUAGUUUUGAGCUUAAUAAUUAAGCUAGUUUAUAGGUGUUCCCAUUUUACUCAUUCAGACUUUACCUUUUUUUUUUUUUUUUUUCUCUUUCCAUUUUUUUUGAGGUGAGGUGGGAUAGUUCUGCAAAAAAUGGUUGUUUUUAUUUUUUUUUAUUUUAUGUUUAUUUUUUUUAAAAUUUUAUGUAGCCUCUUCAGGGCAGAUAAUAUGCCGUUUUUAGUGAAAGGAUUUGGCAUGGUAGUAGUAGCUAAGUUGCAUAGGAAGACUUGAUGUAAUUGAUCGGAGUUUUAGAAUAUUUUAUUAAUUACAAGGCUAUAUAUUUUCAUAGCAAAUUCUUAAAAGAGUCACUUUUGUGCUUUCCAUCUUUUUCUAUAUAAAACCUACCCAUUUGGCAA